AGUCUGAGGGUCUGAGGCUGGAGAGCAGAAAACAUCUCUAUCUUUCCUCAUCCCGAGGCCCCUGGCUCUGUUCCCCAGGACGCUCAUCUGCCUUUCCUUAGCACCUCUUCAUAGACUUUCUUCCAGCAUCCAGAGGCUCCAGAUCAAAGCUGAAGAAGCACACAAAGUUAUCUUCCUAGGACCCUUUGGCCUUCACAGUCCAAAGCCACUCAGGGCCCAAGCCCUGCAGUCUAACAGAUGUCCCUCUAGGGUAAACUUAGAUCCUGCGACUGGGGACUUUCUAGCCUUUUCCUUCCUCGUGCUAGUGCUGACUCAAACAUCCUGGCAGUCUCCUGCCAGCCCACACUAGACACACUAGUACUGCCCGGGAGUGAAUUUUAGAGAAAGACUUGAGGGAUCAAGCCAGCCUAUGAAAGAAAACAGCCCUGGAGCCAUCGAGCUGAGCCAGCUGAGUCCUGCAGUAUUCCCCAUGGCCUGCCUGAGUCCCUCACAACUCAAGAAGUUCCAGGAGGACGGGUUUCUGCUGUUGGAAGGAUUCUUCACAGCGGAUGAGUGUGUGGCCAUGCAGCAGAGGAUCGGUGAGAUUGUAGCUGAGAUGGAUGUCCCUCUGCACUGCCGGACAGAAUUUUCCACCCAGGAAGAUGAGCAACUUCAAACCCAGGGCAAGACAGACUACUUCUUGAGCAGCGGUGACAAGAUCCGAUUCUUCUUUGAAAAAGGCGUUUUUGAUGAGAAAGGAAAUUUCUUGGUCCCUCCUGAGAAAUCUAUCAACAAAAUUGGCCAUGCUCUGCAUGCCCAUGACCCUGUCUUCAGGAGCAUCACACAUUCUCCCAAGGUGCAGGCUUUGGUUAGAAGUCUGGGCCUCCAGAUGCCAGUGGUGGUGCAGAGCAUGUAUAUCUUUAAGCAACCUCACUUUGGCGGCGAAGUCUCCCCUCACCAGGAUGCUACCUUCCUCUACACGGAGCCCCUAGGCCGAGUGUUGGGCCUGUGGAUUGCGAUGGAGGAUGCCAUGCUGGAGAACGGUUGCCUCUGGUUCAUCCCUGGCUCCCAUACCCGUGGGGUGUCAAGAAGGAUGAUUCGAGCCCCUUCAGACUCUGGGCCUGGCACCAGCUUCCUCGGGUCAGAUCCAGCCUGGGCUAGCAACCUCUUUGUGCCUUUGCCAGUGAGGAGAGGGGGUCUGGUUCUGAUCCAUGGAGAAGUGGUGCAUAAGAGUGAGCAGAACCAUUCCGACCACUCCCGCCAGGCCUACACUGUCCACCUCAUGGAGGCUGCCGGCACUGUCUGGAGCCCAGGGAAUUGGCUCCAGCCCACGCCCGAGCUGCCCUUCCCACCACUCUACAGCUAAAGGCCCUGGCAGGACAGGGCAGGUCCCCAAGGGAUGCUGACAACACCAGGCUAUCUGGCUGCAACUCAAGGGCACGUCUUCCUCUAUGGGCUUUCUUUCUGAUGGUGUCUGUGACCUUGGUCCAGCAGACAGGGAGCCAAGAAGUAAAAAUGAGGGCAGGAGCCCAGGCUGCACAAGGGUCUUCUUCCAAAAUUUUCUCUCUAUAUACCUUUCUGUCCCAACCCAGCUUUCUGAAGUGGCUGCUUAACCAUGCAAGGAUUGUGUUUGAGUCUCACUUUUCUCUUGGAUGGAUGUUACUGUGUAAGGCACUGAAUAAAAACGACUUAAAAUAUAU